AUGGCAGGUCUACCCACGAGGGAGGCUUCCGCCUUCAAAAUUAUGAUGGGGCUGUAUGACAACAAAAAUUAUUCUAAAGCGCUUAAGACAGCGGAACAGAUACUGAAAAAAUGCCCAAAGCAUGGGGAAACCAAUGCUAUGAAGGCCCUGCUCAUUUACUACUCGGACUCAAAUAGCAAAGAUGAAGCGCUAAAUAUUGCGAAAGAGGCAAUAAAACUGGACAUUAAAUCCAGUUUGUGCUGGCAUAUUUUGGCUAUUAUUUACAAGGGCAAUGGUGAAUUUGAAGAAGCUGUCAAGUGCUUUUCUCAGGCUUCCAAAAUAGAUCCUGUCAAUCAACGAUUGUUGAAGGAAUCUUCGAUUAUUUACUUGAAGUUGGGACAAAUUGAGAACUUCCGCAAGACAAGGGCGGAACUAUUAAAGUUGAGACCGGGAAAUAUCCAUGAUUGGAUUGUUUUUGCUUUUGCCUGUGACCUGUCAUGUAAAACUGGCAUGGCAGUUGAAGCACUAGCCGAGUGCAGUAAACAGUUCAACAAAUACGAGAUCCUAGGUGAACAAGAGAAGAGUGAAGUCAUUCUAUAUAAUGCCACCUGCAUGGAAACAAUAGGGCAGUACAGCCAAGCUUACGAACUCCUAGAAUCAAUGGAACAGCAUAUUCUGGACAAGACUGCAUACUAUAGCAUCUUGGGUAGGUUGGCGAUCCGCCUCAAUUAUCAAGACAAGGUCCACGGUAUUUAUAAACAGCUAUUUGAGAUAAACUGUGAGAAUCUGCCGUGUGCCUUGAUUCUUUUGGCAACACAUCCUAAUCAUAUCCUCUCCCAAUUGUUUAACAACUAUGACCUUCUGGCACUAAAAACGGCUAUUAUGGAUGCUGAAAUGGCGCCCAGUGCAAAAAUGCGUAUUUAUCGUGAAAAUCUCUCAAUAUUCAGUGGUGAAUCCUCCUCCUGCAGGCCAAAAGUGGAGUGUGACUACGCCGCCUAUUGUUUGUAUAAUUCAACGCCCAUUAUAUUGGGGGAUCAGGUAUUUGACAUAUAUAAAACCUCUCCCGGUUGGUCAAUUCCACAACGACAGUACAUGAUACUGGAUCGUUUUUCAUCAUAUUUUGCUAAAAUUCCAUUCCGAGACCUGUUUGUUUCCAGUUAUCACUGUCAAACACAUCUUCCAUUCAGUUCUCCCAAUUUUUCGAAGAGUAAAAAUCCUUUUUAUUAUCGCACUAAUUCUUUUAAAAAAUGGGAUGAUUACCCCGCCUUUAUACAAACCAGGCAACUCGAAAUUGAAGAAUUUGAGGCCGUCUCGGACGCCUUAAAAGAGUUCCAAAUUGAAUUCCCCAAGUCCCAUCUCCUUGAACAGCUUAAAAUUGCCCUGAUGCCCACGGGCACGUACAAGGAUUACUGUAGUCAAUACUUGGACAAAUUUUUCAACCGUGGGGUAUUCAAUCUGUACCAGUAUCUGGAUAACAUUCUCACAUUAGAUAAACUACUGGUUACCCUUGAUGUGUGUAAUGAAUUGAUCAAAACUAGUGACAAAUUGCAUUAUAAACUAUCUGUAACCAUGCUAUUGUCCAACCUACACCAUAUCCUUGGAAACAGUAACAAGUCGCUAAUACUCAUAGAUGAAUCUAUUGCUGAAGCGCCCACGUGCCUAGAUUUACUUACCCUUAAGGCCAGAAUAUUGAGAGAUUUGGGCAAUUCUAACAUCGCUGCAGAUUGUCUAGUAUCCGCUUGCAAAAUUGACAUGUUCGAAAGGGAUACCAGUGCCUUCUGUGCCCGAAUGCUGGCUAGGGACGGAAGAAUUGAAGCGGCUAUUAAUGAAUGGACCAAUUAUCUCAGACAUGAAAUUGAUGAGUACAAGAAAGAACACAGCAUAGACAUCUCAUCUAUGCGUUUUGAAAAGGAAGUCGUUCGUGGCUAUUUGUCCAACAAGCAAUACGAGUUGGCUUUUAAUAGGUGCUCAAAAGUAUUAGAUCAGUUCUUCGAAUGCAAUGACGAGCAAGGAGAUUUCUACAAUUACUCUAUUAACCGCCUCUCGUUCAUCUCAUUCAAGUCUUACAUAUAUGCCAUGGACGAUUUGUUCAACUCAAACUACUUUCAGCACUUUCUGAAGAUCUAUCUUAAUGUAGGUAUAGAUCAUUCUUUAUUGGCUAGAGAUAGGGCCAAUACGAUACUAUCUCGCUGUCAUAACUGUCUAGACCCCGGGACAAUUUUGGCCCUAUACAAAACUUCAUUUUCAGUGGCCACCAGGUAUUGCGAUGGAUACUUGUAUCGAUUGCAGUGCUUAUACCGGAUUCUACAGUAUGGAAUAUACACUAGGCACUCGAUAAUAAUGGUGAAUCACUUUCUUAUACAUGUCAAACUCGAUAGCUCAAUUCUUAAUGACUACCAGCUUUCAUUUACUAGAGAAAUUAUCUCCCUCAUUUACAGCCAAUUACGCCAAUCAGAAUAUAUAAAUUCCACUGGAAACCCAGUUCUCAAUGGCAAAGCCAAUGGGCCUCAUCUGACAUGUGGACAACCCCCAACAUUCAAUUCAACUGAAGAAAUCGACAUAGAUAGCUUGCAUCAGUUGCUAAUAAAUAACGCGGUUAAAUAUAUAAAGGGCGAAAAAAAUAUUAGACUCGCGUUCGCACUCUGCCUAGGAUUGUUUGAGUGUGAGAGUGUAAUUGAUAAGCAUAGGGCACUGCUGGAAGACUUGCUAAAGUUUGCAGAAAAACUAUUCAAUUUUAACAAUAAAUUGAAUCCGCGCAAAUAUCUCAGCCUCAUCACCAAAGCCCAGGAACUGGGUCUUGAUACUACCAACUUGCUUGACCUUACUAAAAAACUUUAUAACCUAUCCGGAACCUAUGCAAACGGUGGUGAUAUUUAA